CCGGAGCUCUUGGCUUUGACUGGGAAGUCGAUUGUCUCCGGCGGCUGCGUUUGCACUUAGGCUGGGGCUCCGAGGCGGGGAGGAAGCGGGCGUGUGCGGACGGGCUCGGUGACCCUCAUCGUGGAAUAAACAGGAAGCGGAGGAGCACCCCGCCGUGCCCCGCACUUGCCUUUGUUGGGGGCUCUGCUCUGAACAGCCCCGAGGAAGCGUCCCCAGGACCCCGGCCCGGAGCGCCGCCCCCGGGGACUGGGGGUGCACUCUGUGGUUCAAGUUCUACAGUUGUCACAUUAGACUUCCUUCUCCUGUGGGCUCUUUUCAGGACCUGACAUCGAGUUUCAUGCAAGAGCAGAGGUGGAGCACAGAGAGCAGCAGAUCAGAACAGGCUGGGCUCCCUUGGUGAGGCUGAGACUGUGGAAGAUGCUGACUGCCGCGAGGCUGAGGAGGCCUUCGUUUUGAGGUGGGAGAGCAGGUCUCAGGGGGACAGCUUCUCCACUCCUGGCUCACCAUGGCUUCAGUGCUCUGGUUGGACAGCUGACGUGACCGUGUGCCCCACACGCUGCUGGACUGCGUGCUGUCCAGGUACUGCCUGCUCACAGGGUGUGGGAGCACGGCCAGUGGGCAUCAGAUGCUCCUGAAAGCUGGACCGGCAGAGCGAUGGACUUGGACAGGCUAAGAUGGAAGUGACCUGAGGCCUCGCCCAGGCAGUUUCCUCGUGACAGGACAGCUUGAGAGUCGAAACACAAGCUUGUCUGGGGAGCAGUAUGCAGGAAGCUGGUUUUCAGGCCACAAAUGCUUUCACAGAGUGCAAAUUCACCUGCACCAGCGGUAAAUGCUUGUAUCUUGGUUCACUGGUCUGUAACCAGCAGAACGACUGCGGGGACAACAGUGACGAAGAAAACUGUCUCCUAGUGACCGAGCACCCACCUCCAGGCAUCUUCAACUCGGAGCUGGAAUUCGCCCAGAUCGUCAUCAUCAUUGUGGUGGUGACAGUGAUGGUUGUGGUUAUCGUCUGCCUUCUGAACCACUACAAAGUCUCCACACGGUCCUUCAUCAACCGCCAGAGCCAGAGCAGGAGGCAGGAGGACGGGCUACCUCCGGAAGGGUGCCUGUGGCCUUCUGACAGUUCCGCGCCGAGGCCGGGGGCCUCAGAGAUCAUGUACGCCCCGCGGGCCAGGGACCGGUUCGCCGCGCCCGCGUUCAUGCAGAGGGACCGGUUCAGCCGCUUCCAGCCCACCUACCCCUACGUGCAGCACGAGAUCGACCUGCCGCCCACCAUCUCGCUGUCGGAUGGCGAGGAGCCGCCGCCCUACCAGGGUCCCUGCACCCUGCAGCUGCGCGACCCCGAGCAGCAGCUGGAGCUCAACCGCGAGUCCGUGCGGGCCCCGCCCAACCGGACCAUCUUCGACAGUGACUGGCUCGACCCGGCCGCGUGCAGCGCGGGGCCCUGCCCGCCCAGCAGCCACUCGGGCAUCAGCGCGGCCACGGGCAGCAGCAGCGGCAGGAUGGAGGGGCCGCCGCCGCCCUACAGCGAGGCCAUGGGCCGCUACCCCGGCGCCGCCUUCUUCCAGCACCAGCACGGCCGCGGCCCCGCGGGCGCCAGCGCGCCCACCAAGGGCAAGGACGGGAAGCCCGGCGGAAGCCUGGUCUGACCCAGGAGGGAAACCGAGGCAGGACGAGGCCGCUGCGCAGCCCCGCCCGGGGGGCCCGUGUUGUCCAGUCUCACGUGGUACAACUGAGUAAAGCCAAACGUGCAAACGUG